UGGAGUGGGCAUAUUUUUACUCCAGAAUAAUGCUGUAUAUAAAAACACAAUAGACAUUUGGUGGGUUGGUGGUCAAGUUGCCAGAGAAAGAGAAGACAUUCAUUAUGGCUCCCAAAAUGGCAAAGCAGAGGAAAGAAGAGGGCAGCGCCAAUGUUUUGUCCAUGUUUGAACAAAGCCAGAUUCAGGAAUUUAAGGAGGCAUUCACUAUCAUGGAUCAGAACCGAGAUGGCUUCAUUGACAAGGCUGACCUGAGAGACACAUUUGCUGCACUGGGGCGUAUGAAUGUUAAAAUGGAAGAGUUGGAAGCAAUGAUCAAGGAAGCUCCAGGUGCCAUCAACUUUACGGUCUUCCUUACUAUGUUUGGUGAGAAACUGAAAGGCACUGAUCCAGAAGAAAUCAUUUUGAAUGCUUUCAGAGUUUUUGAUCGAGAAGGAAAAGGUUACAUAAAAGCAGAUUAUAUGAAAGAAGUGCUCAUGACGCAGGCAGACCGGUUCACUGAGGAAGAGGUGAAGCAGACCUUCAGUGCUUUUCCUCCAGAUCCCUCUGGUUAUCUUGAUUACAAGAAUCUUGUUUACGUUAUUACCCAUGGGGAAGAGAACGAUUAACAAGAUGUUGAACUGAUCCAUCAAGAAAACACAAUUCACCCAUGUUUCUUUGGUACUGACAUAUCAUUCAGUGGAAGCCAGAUUAAAACAUUAUUCUAAAUUA